AUCUUUAAUACCCAAAGGGUAUUGUUUAUAACGCAGCUGUUAUCGGUCUCCGUCUGCGUUUGCCGGUGAAAAGCAGUGGGGCCAGGCGUGGAAAACAGCACAUUAACGGGAUACCCCCCGGCCCCUCCCCGCCUCUUAGUGUAUGUAGCGUUGCGAGUUGUUUGUUAUAAUUGGCAGAGUGGCUUACUGCGCUGUAACUAUCAAUACCACUCUCCUCUCCUGCCGGUGCCGGAUUGCUUCCUGUCGUGUUGCCUAGUUUGAUGGUUGCAUAGAAACCGGGGACGGGCAGCACGCAGACAGCGGGAGCGCGCUCACGGCUCUGCGAGGAGGCGACUGAUCGCAAAGGUCUCCACUUGGCGAGCUCGGCGGCAGGGAUGCGCCGUCCACAGAGUGGCUGUUUUUAAGAAGAAUCGUGGAAGUCAGAUGUAUUGAUCCGAGACCCUUAUCGAUGGUUCCACUGUCCGAACAGACUAUUUCACGGUAAAAUACCUCCAGAGGUCCAGUCUAACCCGCACCACCACGAUCUGGCCCGGCGGAUCCCGGAUCGCGGAUCCCGGUCUGUGGAGGAAGAUAGCCCGUCAAUGCCUGUUGCCUAAAGGGGAAUUCUGACGGGAAAAGGCGACACAUUCUCUCCACGAUAAACGGGGGCUCUGACGGUCUUUUCCGUCCACUGUAACUUCCCUCGCGUAUUGCAAAGCCGAGCAGUUCCGGAGGGAAAAAUCCGUGAGUGGAGAGUUUUUGAGCAUCCAUGUGAUAAAUACAUAUACUGUAUACUGUAGUAUAUGAGAGGAGAAGGGCUGGCGCUGUGCUGUAUGGCUGUAAUGCACGCAUUACAUCUCGCCGCCUAGUCUCUGUAUCGCCGGUCCGCGGUCAAACAGCAGUGAUGGAGACCCCACUUCGGGUACAAAGUCGAGAGGGAAACAGAAACAGUCUGUCGGGGUUCCAGGGCUGUCCGGUAGCUUUCCAUCUGAAACUGGCCGCGGACUCGGAUUCAAUAUUGUUCUCAGGUAAAUCUGGGGUUUAGGAACAGCAACUCAACUCCAAAAAUGGACGCUGCAAAGAUCACGCAAAAGUGAGCGCGUUUUGCCCCUCAUUUCCGACGAGUAUAGAAACGUGCUGGUUUUCACUCCAACUCCACCUGCUUAUUCAACUGAAGCCUCCUUAGAACCAGUAAGUUGCCUGACCGGAACAUUUUGUUUCUGUCCUGCUCGAAUGUUUGGAUUUGGAUGUUGGUCAUGAAAUGCAGUAGUUAAAAGGAAAACAGCUGACAUUGAUUCUCGUAAGAAGCCACUUAAGGGUAUGGAUGUGUAACUGAGGGCUUGGCCGGGGAAAAAAGUAAACGAGCGCGUGUGUGUGUGUGGGGGGUCUCCAGGGCGAGGACUGGGAAUAUCUGGGCUAGAUCCUAGGAUGUGGAAGGAAGGGUGUUCUUUCUGCACGGACGGAUGACCGAGGCCGACCGACCCAUUCCUGCCGCCUAGCAGCGCCGCGCGGUCCGCCGUCCGUCUGCUGGAGCCCAGCCGGGCCGCCGCGGUCCCGGGCCCGCCGGACGAGCGCCGAGCCCGUCGGUUUUGUUCGCCCGUUUGGCCGUCCUACAGAAACUCGCGGUAGACAAUUGGGAAAAUGCACUCCCAAAACGGUCUUAAACCCCUAUUUCUAUACGCAAUUGUAGUUCUAUUGACGCUUAUAGCAUCCCUUUUUUCACAUUCACAAACAUAAGCACAACGAAUUGGGCGUACAAAAAAUCAGAUUAAUACUAAGUUACUUUUUUAUACAAUUUCUCCUUGUCUAUUGUAUCUUUGUUACUAUCACGUUUUAAGUUGACAAAGCUUGCAUGCAUGAAUAGUCUACUGUGUGGAGAUCGAGCGACUGCUUCAUGUUUUUUUUUUGCAAAAACCUUUUCUAUUCCUAAUGUAUACGUUACAUCAGUAUUUCCCCCAUAUACACAAAACAGGUUGUUAACGCAUAGCGCUACAGGUAAAAAAAGUCAGGUACUGUAAAGUACCUCUGUGCGCCCUGUGUUCGUUUCAGUGACACUGAUGAAUCGUUAUUAUGUGUGUGCAACACAUUCCUAUUGAACCCAACAGCUCUCCGGUUUGGAACUGUUAAGUGUUAAUGACUUUGACUAUACCAAUACGAUUGCCCUCAAUAUUGUUAAGGGUAGGCGAUGUACUUAACUGCGCUGGGCCAACAUCGGAGAUGCAAUCGUUUAUAUAUCUGGCGGUUUUCGUCUGCAGUGCAUCAGAACACGCUGUUGGGCCUAUACUGAAUAAAUACGUAUAUGGAUUGCUAAUAUGUAGUCCUAUUUUAUUUACACAAUCAACGGGCCCUAAUUAACUUUUAAAGCUAUGCAUUGGAUCGUGGUUUGACAGGAAGGCGGUGCAAUUCUAUACGGGAAGCGGGUAAUUGACUGCGAAACGCGAUUGCGAGACAGCCGUAGAAGCAGAUGUCGGGGAGCCAAGAGCUGCUGGAAGACAUCUGUAUAAAUAGAUCAGGCGAAGAAACGUCGGCGGUGUUCGCGGUUUCGCAAAACGGGGGGAAAAAAGUUAGCAAGUCUUGUUUUUUCGGUUUACUGAGAACCCACGCGAACAAGAGCCUUUCCUGGCCCUUUAGAAUUUUCCUUUUUUAAUUAAAACCGAACGUAAUGGUUAUGUAAAAGGUGACAUAAAAAGUUAAAGUUAGUAAAGGUUUAGUGGCCUAUGUCGGCUUCUGGACAGCGCUGGGGAGCCAUCGCUGUAGGUGUCAGCUGAUGCAGGAGAUCAAAAGGAUAUUCUAUCUAAUGUAAGCGGGUAAUUUCCCAGGUGUAUACUGUAUACUGCGGCGUACUUUCUCUUUCAGGUGGGCAGGUGCGAUAUAGCCAUACACCAGAGCGUUUCGGUAGCGCAACAUGUGUCCCCCGCCGGCCCCCCCUCAAGAUCAGGUGCCGUUACAACGGAGAAGAAUUAAAGACGAAGGCAGAAUACUCUUCCCUCGGAGUGUAGUUAUAUUGUCGGCCUUUUCCUACACGGCACAAUACCAGCUACACACACACACACAAAUCGAUGACCUGAACUCCUCAGCUCGCUAAAACGCUCCUUCUCUCGGCAGCCUGACUCUUCUCGCUCCUGUGUCGUCACAACGACCUUUCACCCUCUCACCUCUGAAACUCGCCAUUCGUUUUAGAGCUCACAAAACUCUUCACAUUUCCCGAAUUGUGUCUUACACUAACAGGCAUCGACACGAGAAUGCACAAAGUAUCAGCGAGAGGGCAAGAACACGGACCCCUGAAGUUUGGUUGUGCGCAAAUUCCGCCUUAAAUAUGGCUGCUGUUUCCCAGCCCAAACAGGGCGGUGGCGUUACUUGAGCUUGCCAAGCUCUGAAGAGCAUGGACAUCGUUUUAUAGUUUUUAGAUUUCAGAACAUUGCAAGAACUGUACAGCGUUUUGAGCCAGUGAGUCACUUUUCACGGUCUCAAGAAGAAGAAAGUAACCACACUCUUUUCCCGUGUCCUGAGUGGAUAUACGUGUCCCUGUUGUCAUGAAAGACGAUUCAUACCAAUUUCGUUACAAUAUCGAAACUUAAUGAAAACCGUUAUUGUUACUGUAUGCUAAUGUGCUUAUAAAGAUGCGCAUUUAUGUUUUUAAAAUAUCGUUUCUCUUGCCCGUUGUUGGUACUGCAUUAAUGAUAGCUGUUUUUUUUAUAAGUGAGGUGUUUAGAAUUUCGUAUCUCCAGGAAUUCCUGUUCGAUAGUUCAAGUGAGUUCUGGUUAAUGACGCGGUCUAGAUUACGGGGCUCAUCCUAGACUUUGAGACCCUUGAGAGCCUUCGGAUAUAUUCUGAAGACACUUUUUACAAAUGGUAUUUCUUGGCAUCUGAUGAGACUUUGAAUUACAGCGUGGCCUGUUUGAUGGGUUCCUCUCGGGGGAUGGUCAGUAAUGCGAUACUAAAAGGUACUUGGAGAUUGAUUUCAUUUUUAAUCUUGGUAAGUGGAUUUCCAAGUGGUCAGCAGUCAUUUUUCAAGAGCGUUAGGGCAAGAUGGUCAUGUGUUAUCAUACCAAAGAUGCAUAAUUAGAUGAGAGGGUUGUAUAACGGUGCUCCAUUUGGGAUAGGAGAGGGAUAACCCUCCAUCUUAAUAAAAAAAACAAAGAAACUCAGAGUUAAGGACCUUUGCAUUGUGCCUCAUUGGCCCAGGAUAUUCUACCAAUUAGCAGCCUUAAUAGCCGUUAAUAUUAAGAGCAUUAUCUGCAUUGAAAUGCUUAUUAACAUGCUCCCGCAAGACUUUGAAGCGAGACAGGCAGCAUCUUAUCUGCAGAAUGAUACAGGAACACUCCAGCGCACAGACUCUAACACACAAGAAACAGCUGGCCUCAGUCCCACAAGAGGCAUGUUCUGCUUGUCUGGGUGAAAGAUGACUGCUGCUUCUUGUGCAGCUGUGUAGCUGUCCAAGGUCCUGACAGCCUUGUCUGGAACCCCCUUGUAUCUGAAUUAGCCAGCCAGCACGACAGGGGAAGAAGCACUGUCUGAUUCCGCUGAACAGGGCCUGGGACUGCUCUAAGCAUUUUGCACGUGUGCUGUGCCCCUGCAUCCAUUCCCUGUGAGGGUGUGAGCACUUCUCUUUGCACAGUGCCCGUGUAAACCUAGGAAUAUGGUUCUCUGUGUUACCAGCCUGGAUACUACAAGACAAACUGUCACACCCUCCUUGUAGGGAUUGUGCUAUCUUUUACCCAUCUGCCCAUUGCCCAGAUCAACAUCACAAUUUCAAAAACAAAUCAGAUGCAUUUGAAUUCUUUGCACUUCUGCAAUUAGUCAAAGCAGAGUGUGAUGCAAAUGGAGAAGAUGGCUGCAGAUUUUUUUACGGGUGUGAUGGAGUAUGUCUGCCACUCGGCUCUUUUAUUGUUCCCUGCCUCUCCUCUUCAGGGCUGACUGGAUGUGAGAUGUGAGCAGCUCUCUGAUGGUAACAGGGGACUCUCCUUCCAGGAGUAUGCCUGUAUCCCACGAUGCCGCUGCUGGUGGACUGGCUGCUGCGCUACUCUGUGGUGAUGUGUCUAUUGCUGCACAGCCUGGUGCUGCUGACGUUCUGCUUCCACCACGCGGCCACCAGCUGCGCCAGGGGCUGCUACUGCUCCGAGCGGCCGGGGGGCGCGAAGACGGUGCGCUGCAGCAGCCUGGGGCUCACCGAGAUCCCCCGGGACAUCCCUAACGACACCCAGCAGCUCUACCUGGACUACAACCACAUCACCACCGUGCCCGCCCACGCCUUCCGCGAGCUGCCCCUGCUCGGCGAGCUGGACCUGUCCCACAACGAGCUCGCCAAACUGGAGCCGGGGGCCUUCCGGGGCCUGGCUGGCUCACUGGAGUUCCUGGACCUCUCCUCCAACAAGCUCAUGACCCUCAGCUCGGAGGCCUUCGAGAGCCUCCGGGCCCGGACCAACUUCUCCAACAACCGCUGGCACUGCGACUGUACCCUGUGGACCCAGCUGCACAAACUGAAGCUCCAGCCACUGUCGUUGGCAGGAAUCAUCUGUCAGACUGCCCUGCCCGAGGAGUACAAGGGCAGCCCUUUCCUGCUGGUCAAGGAUAAGGACUUCUGCAUUGCCUUGAAGAAGACUACCGACGUGGCCAUGUUGGUCACCAUGUUUGCCUGGUUCACCAUGGUCAUCUCCUACCUGGUGUACUACGUCAGGCAGAACCAGGAGGAUGCACGACGCCACCUGGAGUACCUCAAGUCCUUGCCCAGCAAGCAGAGGAAGUCUGAGGAGUCUUCCACGAUCAGCACGGUUUGGAGAGGCAAAACACACAACUCGCCACAGACAAACCAGACAUAAUCAGCAGAUGGCUACAGGACAUGUAUGAGAGGGGCGACAUUGGUAUGUCCUGUGAAUACGCUUACCUUGCAGCUCAAAGAUAGCCGUCGAUCCAUUACAGCAUCUGUGACAUUGAAACGCUGACCCUGCGGGAGCUCUGUUUCUCCUCCCCUUCCCCCCCGUAGAUUUCAGGAGCACAAAAAGAAACAGAACAAUGGAAUAAAUGAAUAGAUGGAUAAAACAAAAACAAACUGGGCAAUUUUGUCACCUUCCUUUCCUGACGGCUUAUAAAAGCGAUGCUGUUUCAUUCCAGGAAUGGACAGCGAGUGAACACUUACUUGCUUGGAACCUGUCCCACUCAUUCCACCUGAAAAGCCUUUGAGCUGUGAUACUGUCACGUCCUGGCCAGUGCUUAAUCUUUAAGCUGCUUACGUUGUACACCUUAGGUUUGGGUUAUGAGGCCUCUGUUGUACCUGGUCAGGGAACGGACCUCUGUCCUCUGUUCAAUCGGCCACACGAAGAACUGAGCUUCAGGCCACAGCCUUGAAGACUGGAAGUUUCUGUACUGCUGGAUCCAUGUGUGGUAAUCUGAAUAAACAUACUGUUACCACCCA